AUGCCCAACAAGCAGAUGAAGCGGCUGCUGCGGGGCAAGUACACCGCCUAUAGCGCGUCGGCGGUCGCAGACGCCCGGUCGGGGAAGCUGAAGCCACCGGAGCGUGGGGUCGUCUCUACGUGGUGCAAGGAAGCGUGGAAGUCCAUCACCCCCGAGACGGUCAAGACUUGCUUCAAGCGCGCCGUGUGGCUCGCUGAGCACCCCGACGUGACUCUCCCGCCGCUCAAGCUGCCGAAGGUACCAGAGGGGUUCGACUCCAACCCCAUCACGGCUGCUCAGAUGGAGGUCGAGGGGAAGCUGCUGCCCUACGUCGCUGAUGAGAGCGACAGCGAGGUGGAGGUCUCGGAGGGCGACAGCGACGUGGAAGUCGUGGAGGCCCAGGGGGGCGGGGGCGCCGAAGGAGAAGUAGUCGAACUUUGAAUUAUAGUUCUUUGGGAUUGCCAGUGAGAUUGGAUGUUUUUGCGAUGGUAGGGGCGCGGGCACGAAGCAGAGUUCAACCCGCCUAGGAAGGACAGUAGUAGGACGUUGGUAGCUCGUAGUGGUAGUUUGGUGUGAUUUUUUACUUCGUUUUUGGUUUCAUCUACGUUUAGAAUUGUUGAGUGGAUGCCGUUUGCCGAUUUGCCGAUCUUGAUUCUUCAGAACGAAAAGGAGAGGACAAAGAGUACAAAAUACAUUUUUGAACAUCGUCAUGGUGCCAAGGGCAGCAGUAGCAGUGGAGCACGCGAUUCAAGCUCCCACAGUAUCCGGAAUUUCCAGCACAAGAUGCUGGUGAAAGGGUGUCACUUACCGCCAAACCUCACCGCACAUAUCGGCGUCUCCGUACAGGAUACCUGUGCGAUAAUCUAGCAAAACAUUCAAAACCCGCUUUUUUUCCGCACACCCUGUGCCAAGACCCCGAUAUGUGCCGAGACCCCGAUAUGUGCCAAGACCCCGAUGAUUACGGUACAUCACUACGUACGCUCCAUUGCUCCCUCGAGGACGGAAUCAAGACUAUUCAUGGUCCAGAUGGACCGAUGGAUGCGCGUUUUUACUUCUGUUUUCGUCCUAUCGAUUCAGGGCACCAGUCUCCAUCAUCAGGACUUACCAGACCAGUCGGGGCCACAGAGAACAAAGUGAAGUAACAGGCAAUGUCGAGGUCACCUGAUAAGCGUGCAGCACUAGUCUAGUCCGGUAAGGGCCUGAGGUAACACUAAUUGAUCACUAAAUACUACGUUUCCGGAGGUAGCCCGGAAAUUAAACGAUUGAUUUAUUCUGUCGUUCCUAACAGUUGCCAUGUCUAUCUGUUCCGAAACUUGGGAUAUUUUCGACUAGUAUUCUGUGUUGUAUUUAACACAGUACCAGUAGCCACGGUGGUUGGUUGUAUCCAUUAGAAACAGCCUAAUAUUUCUUUAUAUGUGUUUGGAAAAAACACUCGCGAGGAGAUUUGAGCUAAACCACCGACAUCCCAAGAUCAUAUUUUUGAUGAUUAGAUAAACUUGCCAGAGGUUCACCUCAUUACAAGUUCAUCCCUCAUCAAGAUCUUAUUUUUGAUGAAUAGACAGACCUGCCGGAGGGUAACCUCAUUACAAGUCUGUAUCUUAUCAGGAUUUUGCGAAGGUGUACCGAUUCAGAAUUUACCCUCAACUGGGAACCAACCUCUUGUGGCCAGGAUGGGUAAUUCGAUGGAAGUGUCACAAGGUUCUUUCUAGGAUCGACUCCAAGAGGUGUCCUCAGGACUGACACACAUUGUGUCCAUGGGAAAAUAUCCAAGUCAGGAGAACAAGUGUGCACCCAAGGAGAUUCGAACCAGUAUCCAGCUGACGCCAUAUGCGAAGGUGUACCGAUUCAGGUAAAAGUC